AUGGUGGACCCGGAUGACGACUCCACAAGGAGCUUCGGAUCCAUGCAGCUUCUUGAGGAUCAAAAGUCGACUGUUAAUAUUUUCGGAUACAAAUGCCACCAAUGCGAGUCGCCAUACUGCGACACGCCCCAAGAGUGCUCCGAAGCGUUGUUCUGCUUCAAAUCCUCAGUCCGGGAAUCCGAUGGGUCCCUCCGGUUCUCGCGGGGCUGCAGCGCGGGCCUCGCCCAUGCGCAGUUCACAUGCCAUCACAGGCCUGACCAGAGCGUUCGCAAACGCCACGCGAGCCAGCUCAACGUGACCUGCUGCACAGGUGACCUCUGCAACACCGGAGACUUCCCGCUCUUGGCUCCUCAGGACACAGCGGUGGAACCUCUGCCCGACCACUCGUGGAAACUGUGGGCCGGAGUGCUAGCUGCUGUGUUGACGGUCUCAGCAGCCGUUGUUGCUAUAGUGUUGCUGAGAAGGAGUCAUAGAUUGCGCGUGUCCCGCGCGGCGCUGCACAAGCUGGGUCCGGACUCCAACUAUUUUUCAAGCAAUGUGUAUAGUCCACAAGUCACCAGCGCUUACUAUGAAGGUGUAGACGGGUCCCAGAAUGGAGUCCGAGCGACACUAGCGGGUGACUCUACACUACGGGAGUACCUGCAGGGCUCCAUGAGCUCGGGCUCCGGCUCCGGCCUGCCCCUGAUGGUACAGCGGACCCUCAGCAAGCAGGUGUCGCUGCUGGAGUGUGUUGGGAUGGGCCGCUACGGCAAAGUGUGGCGCGGCCUGUGGUACGCGGACAGCGUGGCCGUCAAGAUAUUUUUCUCGAGAGACGAGGCCUCGUGGCAGAGGGAGACGGAGAUAUAUAGCACCGUCCUGCUCAGGCACACUAAUAUACUGGCGUAUAUAGGGAGCGAUAUGACUAGCAGAAACAGUUGUACACAGUUAUGGCUGAUAACGCACUACCACCCUCUGGGAUCGCUGUACGAGCAUCUACAGAGGACCACGCUAACGAGGCAUCAGAUGAUGCUGAUAUGUCUGUCCACUGUUAACGGACUACUACAUCUACACACAGACAUACAUGGGACACAGGGCAAACCCGCCAUAGCUCACCGGGACAUCAAAUCCAAGAACAUACUCGUGAAAGUGAACGGCGAGUGUUGUAUAGCGGACUUCGGCCUCGCCGUCAGCGCCGCGCACGUGGCCAGGCAGGAACCUAGUGCGAGGCAGGGCACCGUGCGGUACAUGACUCCCGAGGCACUGGACCAGAGCAUGAACCUCCAAUGCUUCGAGUCGUAUCGCAAAUGCGACAUAUACGCUCUCGCGCUCGUUGUAUGGGAGGUCUGUCGACGCGUCAGCCCGGCACGAGAGGCCAGGGUGCCAUUCUAUGAGCACGCUCCGAGUGAUCCAUCGGUGGAACUCAUGAGGAAGAUUGUCUGUGUGGACGGGGCAAGGCCGGAGCUUCCUGACACUUUCACACACCCAACGAUGGCGGGUAUGGCACGCCUCAUGCGUGAGUGCUGGCACGCCAACGCCUCCGUGCGUCUACCGGCGCUACGUAUCAAGAAAACCCUUCUCAAACUCGCUGCCAACGACAACUCCAUACACCUGGACGAGGACAGCGAGGUGUUCGUGUGAAGCGAGGCAGAAUUUGAACCCGGG